UACUUCCGAAUUUAGCCGAACUGUAUGCAGGCUGAGCGCGUGCUUACUUCCUUAACGGUCCAGGCCGUGUACAACCACUUGCUGCCACGUAGCUAGCUUCUUGCCACAAGACUGCAACACCCUUUGUUUUACCAAAAAAUGCCAUAACGGGUGCCUCGUCAUGUAGGAUUCUCGUCAUGCAGGUUUUCCUGGAUGGUUCGCCCUCGGCUUAAGGGUUGGCUUGGUCCUGUACGUUGUGCCAUAGGGCCGUGUAAUUAAAUGGAGCUUACCAUCUGUGAAGCUAUCAAACUUUAACUUUAACGUCCAUCCGUCGUACUGUUAAGGGGUUUCGUAUACAGCAAUUGGCCCAGACAGUAGUUUGGAUAACCUCUCCUAGUCUUGCCAGUAUCAUCAUCCAAAAUGGUGUUUGGCCUCUGCGGGCUAUUUGGACGCGAAUAUCGACGGCCAGACGUGGAGGACCGCAAGCUCCGACAUACAGAGAAGGGCAGUAAGAAAUGCAACACCGAACUCGCCACGACUGCAGACGAUGACGUGGUGGCGGUUUCUGCAAGAAGCGAAAACUGUGGUCAUGGCGAUGCGCCACCUCCCCUCCCUCAUCCUCAAGGCUGCCAACGCCACCCCAGCUACCUCCCUCAGCCCUCAUCCGCGGGGAACCCCCAACCCCAGCCUCAGCCGACAGCACUGCCGCCCGAAUCCCAUCCCUCCACUGCCCAACCACGCCAGCAGCCCCAACCCCAUCCCCAGCAGGCCUCGGCUCCUGCACCCUACCAACCGCCCCCAUCACCACCGCUCCCGCUCCCCCCACCACCACUGACGCCGCCAGACCCUCACCACCACCAGCACCACUACCUCCACCAACCCCAACAACCACCACAACAACUACAACAGCAGCAGCAGUCCGCCUCACCAGCAUGCCAUUCGCAACCGCUGCUGCUGCAGCCCUCCUCGCAGCUGCUACAGCUGCCCGCUCCCUCCGUCAUAUCCCUGCGCUCGCUGCUGACGGAGGUGCAGCUGCAGGAGCGGUUGGGGGCGGGGGCGUACGGCACGACGUGGAAGUGCCGCUGGCGUACGACAACGGUGGCGAUAAAGCUCAUGGUCUCCACCUCGGUGGACGAGCUUCGGUGCAGCACACGAGAGGCGGUGUGCUCCCGCCUGGUGUCACACCCCUGCGUGGUGCAGUGCUACGCCAUUAACAUCAUCCGUCUCAGCGAACAAGAUCUGGAUCCUGCUCCUCCCAUUACGACACUGGCGGUGCCUCUGUCACCGUUCCCGGCUUCGCCGCCAGCAGCAGCAGCGGCACCCCUCCAUUACCAGCAGCACCAGGAGCAGCAGCACCAGGAGGAGGAAGCACCUGCAGCGGGUGCAGCCAAUGUGGGCGACCGUGAGGGAGAAACGACGCAUGGGUUAACCGAGCUGCAGGGUCCCAAAACGGCACAUGCUGACGUAAACAGCAAUCCAACGAACCACCGCCGUUCUCCAGGCACUGCUGCUUCCACUCCAGCUUCGAUUCCAGCAUCGGUGCUGUUAUCAGCAACGGGGUUGGCUUUAGAGCCCAUGGGCUGUGAGGAUGACGAUGAUGGUGAGGACUGCUGCCCCGGAAGGCCACAUCACCACCACCACCAGCAGCAGGACCAGCAUCAGCAUCAGCCUCAUGAGCAGCAGCAGGACGAGCAGCAGCAGCAGCAGUGGUUGCCGCUGCCCGCCGGAACCCCACCCUUGUCAACCCUGUCGCCUUCAAACUCUCACGGACCCUCGCAGGCCACGCAGUCAGCUCUGCUGUCGCUCAUGGCGCAAACGUCGUACCAUUCGCAACCACGACCCCAACCGCAGCCUCAAGAACUGCAACAGCAGAUGCCGUACAAACCCCACUCGCCGCUAGCGGCGUCAUGUGGCGGUGGCGGAGGAGGCAGUUGGGAGGCCGGUGGCGCGCUCCCUGCCCGGUUGUCUAGCCUGGCUUGGUGGGUGGAUGCGUCGGAGACGCUGAUGCUGCUUGAGGGCGAUGCCGCGGGGGAGGCUGCGGCGGAGGCGGAGGCGACGUUACGGGAGGAGCUGCGGCGACUGGGCGCGGCGCCUGGGAAAUACCUGACGACCAUCAUUAUGGAAUGGUGUGAGGGCGGCACCCUGCACGACGAAUUCACGUCACCCCUUCCCGCGGCGGGCCGCCUCGGACCUGCUGCUCCGCCGUCUGCUGCUCGGUCUGGCCUCGCGCUGAGUGACGUCUUGCGGGGCACAAGCGCUGCGCAAGCACAGGCAGUCGCAGCCACCGCCACCGCUGCCGCUGCUGCCUCCGGUAAAAACGCCGCCGGCACUGUCGCCUCCACUGCAAGCAUUGGACACAACGCUGCACAGGGACAGCAGGAGCAGCAGCCGCAUGGCUUGCAGGAGCAACAGCAACAUCGGCGUCGUCAAGAGCACCAGCAACAGCACCUCCAUAAGCUGCAGUCGCCGCCGCCGCCGCGGCAGCAGCAGCAACAACAGCAUUUGCGCCGCUUCUUGUCUAGUCCUGAUAACCCACCACCGCCGCAUGCUGCUGAAGCAGCCACCACCGCCACCGCGUUUGGUGGUAGCGCCCCAUCUUCCUCACCCGAUCACUAUCACCCGCGGCUUGUGCCGAGCACGAGCGACAGUGCGGCAGUGCAGCAGGCCGCAAACGCGUGCCCACACCUGGAGCAGGAACCGGAUACCUGCUAUGACCGGAGCUCACUUCCCGUGGCGCUGUCGCCACGCCCUCCGCCGCCUCUUACAAAUGAUCAUGUGGGUGCUAGUAGCUGCUGCGACGGCAGCGGCUGUGGCACCUGCAGGUGUGCAUCCUGCAAUGGCGGCAGCGCCACCGCCGUUACUACAAGAGACGGUGUUGGUGGCAGCAUUGGUGGUGAGCGAGGCGCCAGGGGCAUUGCGGGCGACGGUGACAAGGGCAACGUCGCAGGUGUGGUAAGCAGCGGCAGCUGCAGCACUAGUGGCAUGGGCAUGGUUGCAGGGAGGAGCGGCAACGGCAUUGGCGGCAGCAGCGUUGUAAGCAGUGACACCCGCGGCACCGCCGGUGGUGGCGGCAGCGGCGGCGGUGUCACAAGCACCGUAAGCUGCGGCUGCCACGACAUUGGGAAUGGCGGGGGCGGCGGGGGUGGUGUCACAAGCACCGUAAGCUGCGGCUGCCGUGGCACUACUGGCGGUGUCCGGGCUCCAUGGACGCCGGUGGGCUCUGAAGCGACCCUCUGGUCACCUCUCUCCUUAUCGCCCUCACUAUCCUGCUCUCUACCCUCGCCGCCUGCUGCACACCCGCAGCCGCAACAGCGGCAGCAGCCAUGGCGCCAGCUGGCCCACCAUGACCAUCCCCCCCACCCCAACCAGCAUUCGCCAACGCCGCCGCCCACGACACCACCGCUGGCGGCGCCAGCACCGGCCUUGGGCUAUGGCAGCACAAACAACGCCCACAUUAAGGAUGGUGGUGUUAAUAACAAUGCUGUUGGCGGUGGUGGCAGGGGACGCGACGCAGCGUUGCCCUACCCAGGCUCUAGCGCUUCCUCUCCCUGGUCAACCACAUGGCGUGCCACCGCCGCUGCUGGCGGCGUCAGCACUCCACCUCAAGCUGCAUGGGGUGCCGCAGUCCCCCCUCCAGCAUCGCAUGUUGGCGGUGGAGGCAGCAGUCGUAUGGCGGUGCUGCUGCGAUGUGCGCUGGAGGUGGCUCAGGGCAUGGCGUACCUGCACAGCCUGGGCCUGGCACAUGGUGACUUGACGCCCAGAAACGUGUUGCUCAGGAGCACGGCUACCUCCCGCCGUGGCUAUCAGUGCAAGAUCAGUGACUUUGGCUUGUCCCACCCUGCGGCGACCGGGGACAGCCUGCCUGCCGACACAGCCAAGUGGGGCACACUGGCCUACAUGGCGCCGGAGGUCCUAACAGGCCGCAGCAGCUGCACAGCCAACGAUGCCCCCAGCAGCGGCAGUGUUGGAAGUUGUGGAAGUAGCCUUAAGGCUGCUGACGUGUAUUCCUUUGGUGCCGUACUCUGGCACAUGUGCACAGGCAGACCACCCUUUCAGGAGCUUAGGCCGGCUCAGCUGCUAGUGGGCCUAGCCACGGGAGAGCUGAAGCUGGAGUGGCCCCCUGGGACUGACCCCUGGGUCGCUCGCAUCGGCACCGCAUGCAUGCACCCGGACCCCACCCUCAGACCGACGUUUGAGGAAGUUGUACGAAUGCUGUUGGCGGAAAUGGGGACUCGGACGCGAUCUGCGAAGCGCCAAGUCGCGGAAGAGGCUGCUGCUGCGGCGGCAGCUGCUGCUGUAAAUGCAGCAGAAGCUUCAGUUGGCGGUUGCGGCUGUAGUGGAGCUGGAGGGCAGUGCUGCAGCAGUGCUGGAUCAAGGAAAGGGUCUGCAGUUGCCGCGACUAUGGCUGCUACAGUGGGCACAGCGCUGUGCUCUGACACCAAUAUUCAUCAGUGUCCCCCACAACAGCAAAAGCGUCAGCAUGCUGGGUCUAGACGCUGGCAGCCUAUUGCUAUCCAGCAGUCGCCCCCUGCAUCACAGCAUCACAACCAUCAACGAGGUGGAAUAGGGGACGAGCAUUUGAAAGAGGGGCAGCAGGAGGAGGGAUGCCGCCCCAAGGAGUAUGGAGCGUCGUGGGGUAAGUGGACACCUGUGCAAUUGCCAAUGCUGCCACGUGGGAAGGAGCACGAGGAGGAGGAGGAGGUAAAAACAAGCCAGGGCCUUAUCGACAGCUUGUUCAUCUACGAGAUCUGAAGUGAAGCUGGGGAUGAAACGAGGAGAAAUCUGGGUGGAGAACAUUGUUUCUAGUGCUGCCAUGUGGUUAAUAUCGAUCUUGGCUAUAGAGAUGAUGGGAGGUGAUGGAAGGUGGGUAGCUAAAAACACUAUUAAGAGCAUAAAAGCAAACGUGCGAGUUUCUGCUGUAACAAGCCAGGUGCAUGGAGUAAGUAAACAAUUGUCACACGCCUGGAUAUGUGCUGGGGGCGUUUUGUUUUUCUUUACCCCUUCCGCUCUUAAGAUAGUGACGGACGCGGUUUUCUUGGUUUCUAUUUUUGUAUGUUGUUCAUAGUUGUAAUGCUGUGCGGUAUCUAGAGUGGACAUGGUGAAGGUUAUCCACAAAGGUCAACCUCUAUUGAACGUAAAACAAAAGCAGUGCAGCACACACUUUGUGCGCUGUUCUGCUGCUCAGUAAUGUGUGUUAGUAGUAGUUGUGAUCAAGGUAAUGGCAGAUCUGUGAAGCAUUGUUUGACAGUUGCUUUUACUCGCUGGUUGGCUACAUACAUGGAAAAAGCUCCUGGCCAAAGUACGGGAUCUUCUAUGGUGUGGGAACAAUCCAGGGAAUUAACGUCAACCCAUGUUUAAGCGCUAAUAACAGAAUUUUUUUGUGGCCGGUGAUGAUGCAUGACAACGAUGAUGAUACAUGGUUGGUCAAGAAAUGCAUGUCUAUGGGUUGAGGGACAAUAAUGGUAUGUUAGAACUUGUGAUGGCUAUGAUUGCACGGCAAGUGGGUUCGUUAGCUUUGAUGAAUACACGAUCCUGUUGUUGUAGGUGAAAGACUGACUUUCCUUGCUUUUCCAAUUUGGUCCUGCUGUCUGUUGGCAGCCGUUGGCACCCGAAAUCCCGUUAGGCAAGCGUUGAAAGCCGGUAUGAAAAAUGCAGUUUGACAUGAUAACCAGGGGGGAGAGGAAACGCGAGGACAGACCCCUUGUUUCAAAGUUAAAGAGCUUGUUGAUAAUAUGCUUUCUUGGCCACAAAGGCGCUGCCCUACGGUUCGCCACAGCUAACCAUCUAUGCCGCAUCUAUGCCAUAGACGCGAGGGUGAACAAACAGGGUAGGUGGAUGGAAGUGCAGGUGAACCUUGCUGCUAUGUGGCUGGCUGGGGGGUAUUGGGGCACGAUGAGCUGUGUCGUUAGGUUACCUUGCCCUGAGGAGCAGCAUGGUAUGUACUCGAGACACCCUUUGGGGCAUGCAUGCACCUGCUUUUACAUUUCUUUAUGGGAGUUUUGCAUGGUCAAGAAGCCAGCAGGCAAUGGACAAUGUAAAUGGACGUAAUGGAUAAAAAAUUGUGCUCCCGCAAAGGAUGUUGGUUGCGGGAAGGUGUUGUGGAGCAAUGGUGGUGUUGGUUGGGGGCUUUGUAGCAGUUGGUAGUGCAUCGGUGCGGCAUGCAGUGUCUCUGCUGAUAGGAUCCUACAAGUACUCUUACCUGCUGCUUAUGGUGCCUUGUGUACAUUGUGGCGGAUAGAGCAGCUUGUAGCAGCAGCAGUAGCUGUAGAGCGAGUGUCUGAAGGUUUGGCGGUGCACAUGUGAAUAAUGGUGUAAGUAGGUGCCAGUUGUUUUGCGGGUGUGCGGAUAAGGAUGCGUGCUGGAGGAAUGGUGGCUUUACGUCGUGUGUGAUAGCAGAUCUCACGGCUGUUCCUGGUCGCAGACUGGUACAGACAGGGUCUUCCACAACAAGGCC